GUUUCUUAUUUAAUAAUGGAUCCCCCGAGGAAGAUUAAUAAUUUAAGGGACUUGACGGACAGUAAUUUGGAACUUGGAAUCGAGGACAUUUUGAUUGACAGAAAUUACUUUGUGCAAACCACAGACCCGGUUGCUAUUGAUCUAUUUAAUAAAAAACUCAAAGGGGAUUCUAACGAUUCCGGAUUUUAUAAACCAGAGAAAGGAUUACAAAUGGUAAAGGAAGGAGGAUUUGCUUUUCAUGUUGAAACUAGUACUGCUUAUCCUAUAAUUGAAGACACUUUCACAGUUCAAGAAAUAUGUGAACUUGAGGAGGUGCAAAUGUAUAGAACGCAACCUAUGCACACGAAUCUACAAAAAAAUUCACCUUUUCGAGAAAUGAUGAAUUAUUGCAUGCUGCAUAUAGUUGAAAAUGGACUUUUGUUUCGUCUGCGAAAGUACUGGGAUGCUCGAAAGCCUAUUUGCAUGGAAUAUGCGAAAAAAGUUACUAUUCAUGUUGGAAUAAAAGAAUUUUCGUCCGGAUUAAUCGUCCUAAGUUAUGGGAUUUGUUUUUCUUUGAUUUUUCUUUUAGGUGAAAUUAUAAUCUUUCACAAAAAGUUAAUAGCGGACUUUUUUCUUGAACGCAGGGUCAUAAAGCCGUACACAGAGUGA